GACAAGGAUAUAAAAGAGGCUGAAAGAACGGGCAAAGAUUCUAUUAUUAACGCCGGUCAAGAUGAAAGGUUUUCAGAUUCUAACUUUCUUAAUUCUGCUGGAAAUUCCAUCUGCAUUCACAUUUCCAAUAUCGUCUAAAGAUACUAAAUUUGCCGAGAACUAUCUCAAAAACAUUUACAACUUUAAUUCUUCUGAUCUUCUGCGAGGAAGUAAAGAUGCUUUCAGAGCAAGUAUUAAGGAAAUGCAAGAAUUCUUUGGCCUCCGUGUUACUGGAGAUUUGGAUUCUUCUACACUGGAGAUUAUGAAGAAACCUCAAUGUGGAUUUCACAAUAUUCUCCGAUAUGGCGUUGGCGAUAAAAAAUGGAAGCAAACAAGCCUGACAUACAGAAUCCUCAAUUACACCCCACAAUUGGAAGAGUCAUACAUAACCAAUGCUUUCAAAAGAGCUUUAGAAGUGUGGAGUGAAGUCACACCAUUGACUUUUACCAGGAUUUCUGAGGGUGAAGCUGAUCUUAUGAUCUCUUUUCAACGGAGGGAACAUGGUGAUGGGUCUCCAUUUGAUGGACCUGGAAACUUGCUGGCCCAUGCCUUUGAACCGGGUAUAAAUUUGGGAGGUGAUGCUCAUUUUGACUUAGAUGAACAUUGGACACUGGGAUCAGAAGGAUAUAACUUAUUUCUAGCGGCUGCUCAUGAAUUUGGCCAUUCUCUGGGACUGGGCCAUUCUAAAGACAUUGGAGCUUUGAUGUAUCCCAUGUAUGCAUAUCAACCGGAGCGUCAGUUUAUACUGCCUGAAGAUGAUCUUCAAGAAAUUCAACGACUAUAUGGUUCAUCAAGUAAUGGGAAAAUUAAACCACAUCCAGUGACUCCAAAGGCAUGUGACACGAGUUUGAUCUUUGAUGCAGCCUGUACAAUGCGAGGUGAAAGCUUUUACUUUAAAGGCAGGUUUGCUUGGCGCAUCCAUCCAGAAGUGCCUUCAAGUAUGGUUGUGAUCAGUACCCAAUGGCCAUAUCUCCCAUCUGAAAUCGAUGCAAGCUAUGAAGACAAAAAAGAGAACAUUAAUGUAUUUUUCAAAGGAAAAAAAUACUGGGCGGUCAGCGGAUAUGACUUGGUAUUUUCUCCUGGGUCAAUACAUGACUUUGGUUUUCCUCAAACCAUUAAGAAAAUCGAUGCAGCUGUGCAGAUUUCAGGGAUUGGAAGGACAUUCUUCUUUGUGGAAAACAAGUGUUGGAGUUACAGUAACAGUGCAAACAAAAUGGAAGAUGGAUAUCCAAAGCUGAUACAAGAUGAGUGGCCAGGUGUCAGUAGUCCUAUUGAUGCCGCAAUUCAGGAUGGAUAUAUGAUUUAUUUCUUCCAUCAACACAUGGUUUUUUCCUAUGACUACAACAAAAAGGAAGUCACGCAAAUUGCAUAUGCAAAUUCACAUGUAUGCAAAUAGUUAACCCUUUGGGGAAAAUAUCAGAAAAUAUUGAUGAUCCAGGAAGUGCUGUUAUUGAACUUGGCUACAAUAACAUGAAUCAGCUUCUGUUUUGCAUUGUCCAUUUAUUUAAUUCUACAACUAGCUACAUUCACUUAUAUUUUCUGAAUAAUUUUGGUGUGUUCUCUUUACUAUUGCAUUUCUACUUUUAUUUACUCAUAGCUUAUGAUGGUUGCAGCAACUUAAGAAAAAUAAAGCUUUAAUGCAUUAUA